GAAAGAACAAAAGGUUUAACGAAACGAGUGUUAGUGUGAGUUAGAAGAAAAACAGAAAAUGGCAAUACUUUCUUUCAACUUUUCAGUGCAAUCAGAGAGAUCAAGCUUCUUCCCAGCUGUGCUUCCAUCAUCGUCUUCUUCUUUAUCUCAAAUUUCCUGCCCUAGAAUUUCCACGUCCCAUUUUCCCCUCAAAAUAUCGUGCCAUGUCACUUCCAUUGAAUCAGCUUCUGUCGUGGAAAAAACCAAGGUGAAGGAUUUUAUUCACAUAAAUGAUUUUGACAAGGAGACUAUUAAGAAGAUCUUGGACAGGGCCAUUGAGGUGAAAGAAUUAAUAAAAUCAGGGGAAAGGACAUUUCAACCGUUUAAAGGUAAAACAUUGGCAAUGGUGUUUGCAAAGCCAUCAUUGAGAACACACGUCUCAUUUGAGACUGGCUUUUCAUUGUUGGGUGGACAUGCUGUGUACUUAGCACCCGAGGAUAUCCAAAUGGGGUCAAGAGAGGAGACUCGUGAUGUUGCUCGUAUCUUGUCUCGCUUUACUGACAUUGUUAUGGCUCGUGUUUUUACUCACAAGGACAUACUUACUCUUUCAAAGUAUGCAACUGUACCAAUCAUCAAUGGAUUGACAGAUUACAAUCACCCUUGCCAGAUAAUGGCUGAUGCCAUCACUCUAAUUGAGCACCUUGGUCGGCUUGAAGGCUCCAAGGUUGCGUAUGUUGGAGAUGGAAAUAAUGUUGUCCAUUCAUGGUUGGAGCUUGCAAGUUUAUUUCCGAUUCACUUCACAUGUGCUACUCCAAAGGGCUUUGAACCAGAUGCAAAAACAGUUGCGAAGGCACGCCAAGCUGGAAUCAGCAAGAUUGUGAUAACUAAUGAUCCUAAAGAGGCGGUGAAAGGAGCUGAUAUUGUUUACACUGAUGUUUGGGCAAGCAUGGGGCAAAAGGAAGAGGCUCAAAAGCGCCGUUUGAUGUUCAAGGGAUUUCAGGUGGACCAAAAUCUCAUGGAUUUAGCUGGCUCAAAUGCAUUAUUCAUGCAUUGCUUGCCAGCAGAAAAAGGAGUGGAGGUGACCGAGGAAGUUAUUGAAGGUCCAAAGUCAAUUAUCUUUGCACAAGCUGAGAAUCGAUUACAUGCACAGAAUGCCAUAAUGCUACAUGUGCUUGGCGAGUAACUAGUUAUCCUGGUGAAUGAUGACCAUCUUGGCAGAAUAAAAUAAAACUCGAUUAACUUCAAUAAUCGACACUGAGCCGAGUCUAUUUCACAUCCAAUGAAGAAAUAUCGAGUCUAUGUAAUUUCAAGUGUUUGGUUUCAGUUUUCUAUUAUUAAUGUUUUCUUCGCGGGUAUUGUGAUCUGUCGAACAUGUUUUGGGAUCAUGUAUUUGGCUUGUAUUGUAUCAUUUAGAGUUCUGGAAAAGAAUCUGUGAAUUUAGAGUUUGUGAGCA